UGACCAAUGUCUAAAAUUUGGUGAUUUCAUAGGUGUUUGAUUUAGAAUUUUCCGGGUAAAUGCUUUACUACUACUUUCACUUCUCUAGAAAAAUCAAAGGCUAUAUCGUAAUAUCAAAUGAAUCUUGUUUUACGAUAUUUUAGAGUACGAGUUUUACAUCAACCGAAUUUGAAUCCAAAUAGACAUCCGAAACACUCAGAAAUUCAAAAUUCAUACCAAACUCAAGAUCAAUCCCGAAUAAAUAUACAAAAUACUCUUAAAUACUACUGAGUACCUAAACAAUAGCUAUUACAAGAAUAAUUAACUUAAAUACUUAGUUUUGUAUUUGGUCAAAUAUUGAUGUUUUAUGUUUUGGAAAUUGCAUUUGAAGUUCAGUUUAUGAAUAAGUUUGAUUCUGAAGUUUAAACAAUAAGUUUUAUUUUUAAAGUUUAAAUAAUGUUUCUUACAUUUAUAGAGUUGUUAAUUGAUAAUUUUAAUUUGUUUAUGUUUUUCUCCUCUUUUAUACCAUUUAUGAAAUACGUCAUCAAAUUUUUGUUAGUGUAAAUUAUUUAAACUUGUCAAGCUUACAAUUUAAAUUGUGUACUUUCGAAUCACAAAUAAAUAUUUGGGUAACUGAAACCCAAAGAUAAAACGGGGUCAACUGUUUGCGAUGUUUACUAUAUCUGAACUGAACUCGAGGAAAUUUAAACAUAAUCCGAACCAAAUUUUAAAUUUAUAAAAAUAUUUGAAUGGAAUAAUUUUUUUCCAAAUAAUCAAAAUCCGAUUGAACUUGAACCGAAACCUAAUUUAUCCACACGGUGAAGCCUUGAGAAAUUGACUAGGCUUUGAAGAAUGUCCCUAGACCAAAUUAAUUCCAUGAACAAAUUACAAUUCCAUUACAACAAUAAUGGGCUUCCACAACUUUUGUCAUAUCAAACUAAACCGGAACAGUUUUAGACUUUUAGUUAUAAAAAUAUUUUGGAAGUUCAAAAAUCUUUUUAACCUAAAGAUCUCGAUACCGUCAAUGGCUUCCCAGGAAAAUGAGAAGGGGACGAAGCAGGAGCUCCUCCCUUCACUUCCCGAUGAUUUGUUAAUGAGCUGCUUUGCACGCGUCUCAAGAGUGUACCAUCCAACUCUCUCCCUUGUCUCCAAGAGUUUUGCUUCUCUCCUUGCCUCACCGGAGCUAUACAAGACGCGAUCACUCUUGGCCUGCACCGAGAGUUGUCUCUAUGUUUGCUUUCAGUCGGCUACUAAAUGUAGUUGGUUCACCCUCUGCCGCAAGCCCAAAAAUCAAAUGGGUACGUUUUACGUUUCGAUUCUUGACUGUCGGUCUCACACGUGGCGCGAGGGUUCAAGCUUGCGUAUGGUACGACACCGAGGUAAACAUGUGGAGAGAUGUUUGAAGGAAAACUACCUAAUUUUGAUGGUGGCCUCUCUGUUACAUUGGCUGAUUAUGGUGGCAAGAUGGCUGCCAUGUGGGACCAGAAUAAGUACUAAGAUGAUUUGGUGUGCUGAGAUUAUGCUUAAAAGGCCGAAAACUGGUGAAGUUUGGGGAGAAGUAGAGUGGUGUGACAUUUGCUUGUUUGAUGAAUGGCUUGAACGGUCAUAUACUUGUUGUCAUCUUUUGAUGAAUUUACACAUGAAAAAACAUAAUGAUAACAUUUACUUGGGGUUUCACUUCAAAUAGAAACACCUUUUGAACAAUAAGAUAUCAAAAUCUAAACCCAAACAAAUGUCAAACCUCUGCGGAAACUGUUUGAACAAUAAUACUUAAAACCUUUCUCUCUAUCUCCACACAAAUGAUCAAAGGGGUCACGAGGGAAAACUGUACUUUCUCGAACCCUGAAUUCACCCAACUCAAACCUGUUAAAUUAAAAUGAAUUGUGUAUCUCUCUCUCUCUACAAGUUUUGGUUUAGGCUUUGUGCCACAUGUUGUCACCCAGAUGAGCUGGAUUUGCCUU